CCACCCACCCCAAAAAAAACGAAAAAGCACUGUACACCUCAAAGCGGCGGCCUCCAAUGAUGCCGCCGCCUAACGCCGGCCGUCUCUCCGACCUCGUUCGGCGCUGCGCCGCCGCUAAGGCUCUAAUCGCCGGCGCGAAGCUCCACGCACAGGCUCUCGUUGGUGGCCACCUACCCCAGGCCACCCUCGAGACGGACCUGGUCCUGCUCUAUUGUCGCUGCGCUGCGCUCCCUAGCGCCCGCAAGGUGUUCGACGCGAUGCCUUCUCCGUCCAUGCACGCGUACAACAUCCUCCUUGCCGCCUCCCCACCCCUCUUAGCUCUCGAACUACUCUCUGGCCUCCUCGACGCCGGUUUCCGCCCUGACUGCUAUGCUGUCCCAGCGGCGCUCCGGGCGUGCGCCGAGCUCCAGGACCCGCUUCUUGGCGCCGCACUCCAUGGAUUUACCGUCCAGUUAGGAUUUCUCUCCAAUGUUGUUGUCUCCAGCGCACUUCUUGACAUGUACGCCAAAGCUGGUCUCCUGGUCAAUGCGGUGAGGGUGUUCGACGAGAUGCCUGAAAGAGACUCUGUUGUGUGGAAUUGCAUGGUUACCGCUUAUGCAAGGGCCGGGAUGACAGCUGAAACCCUUGAGCUCUUCAGAAGGGCUCAGGUGGAGGCGGUGAACAUGACGAGGGAUCUGCGGGCUGUGCCGAGCGUGCUAAAUGUCUGUGGAAAGGAAGGGGAGAUGAUGAAGGGGAGAGAAAUACAUGGUAGGAUGGUGCGAAGCCUUGCAUUCGAUUUGGAUGUCCCAAUUGGGAACACGUUGAUAGACAUGUAUGCAAAGUGCGGGCGCGUGGACGCGUCACAAGCAGUGUUUGCAGGCAUGCAGGAGAGGAAUGUGGUGAGCUGGUCGACACUGAUAUCUUGCUAUGGUGUCCAUGGAAAGGGAAAACAGGCAUUGCAUGUGUACGAGGAGAUGUUAUCUCAGAGCGUGAAGCCGAACUGUAUCACCUUCACAUCUGUCCUUUCAAGUUGCAGCCACUCAGGGCUCGUGACUGAUGGCCGGAUGAUCUUCGAGUCAAUGAGGAAGGUUCAUGGUGUAGAGCCCACUUCUGAGCACUAUGCAUGUAUGGUGGACCUCUUGGGGCGUGCUGGAGCCAUUGAAGAAGCUGUCGGGCUUAUAAAGAAGAUGCCUAUGGAACCUUGCGCUACUGCAUGGGGAGCUCUACUCUCUGCUUGCGCCAUGCAUAAUAAUGUCGAUGUUGGAGAGAUUGCAGCAUAUAGGCUGUUUGAGUUAGAAAAAGGCAAUGUCAGUAACUAUAUCACUCUCUGUGGAAUUUAUGGUGCAGUUGGUCAGUCUGAUGGUGUUGCAGGAUUAAGGUUAAGGAUGAGGGAACUUGGCAUGGUGAAGACGCCUGGUUGCAGCUGGGUUGAUGUGAAGGGAAGAGCUCAUGCCUUUUACCAAGGGAGCAUCCCAAGUUAUUUGAGGAGACGAAUGUUUUGGAUUUUAGAUCGGUUACGUAAGGAUAUGGGCAAUUGAGAAUCUGAAUAUGAGCAUGCUGACCAGUAGUACAAGCCGACUUAGCACUGAAGUUGGUAUGGUUAAGUCAUGUACUACCGCAGUCAGAUAUUGGUUUGAGGAUAAAGCAGUAACCAGCCUUAAUUGUUAUCAUGGGUUCACAUCAGCAAUUCUUUUAAUCAACGAAAGAGUUCUGGUAAAUGUGGACGCUCGUGGCCUUGAAUAUUUUUGUGGCCAAUAUCUGAACCAAGAUGCUGUGAAGAUGAAGCGGUGACUGGAUGAGAAUGAUGCUGGUUCUUCAGUUUGAGGCUACGACUAUCUGCUCUGAAGUGACUUCCACAGUUGUACUAGUGUACCACAUAUCUGAUCUGAUUGUAUAACACAUGAAUCACAUGUUCUGAAGUGCGGCAAAAGCAGUUGCAUGCAAAAUUUGUUAAUGGCGGCAAGCUGGGAUGCAACUGGAAAAAGUGAGCAUUAUGUUCUUCAGUCAUUGCUUUGAAGCUGACAAAGCACAUCUAAACUGAAGUUCUACUUUCUGAACCUUGUGUCCUUGCACACUGGUCAAGCAGAAUUUGUUCAGAAAUAACCCUGAUUAAGGCAAGGAACUGCCCUGCCGACUGGCACAGUCGGUAGGUGAGCUCACCACAGCAUGGUAGCAGGUAACUUUAGUAGAAGUUUGUUACAUUGUCUUGAGUAAAAAAAUAAAAAAUCAUGGAUAAGGUGUUGAAUAAGUUUGGGCUUUUUCAAUAAGAUCAGCAAACCAUAUCAGCAUUCCGUUAGCAACAAGAAAGUAAAUCAUGUCACUUCACUGCCAACAUUAUCCUCUUAACGAACCUUUUUAUUCAUUUGGUGUGGACCGAUGAGAUGAUUUAGGCAGAGUUACAUUUGCAAGUGCCCACCAAAUUAACUACAUUGACAUAAUUGCUUGUACAAAUUACUCUGGAAUCUGCGUUCCAGGUUUUGAGGGAUGCAAUCUAAUAACCCUGAUAAAGAUCAUACUUGCUAGCAUGCAUUACUUUUCCAUUCUUUCUAAAGAAUCAAGAACUUAUUGAUCAACUUAUACAUCCUUGAGAACUGAACUCUUGUAGCAAGACUGAAAAA